GCCUAUAAAGCCCCUGGAUGGGGCCAUCUGUGCAGUGGCCCCGGUCCACGCCUUACCCGGCAUGCUGCUGAUCUUCUACAGGAAUGGCUCCGUAGAGCUCAUGGAUGUGGCCAAGCCUCAGAUCAUCUGCGCCUUUGCUCUACCCAGAACCUACCAUCUGGCGGUCACCUGGAAGCCCUUGUUUGUCGUGUCCGUUCAACACCCAUGUUUCCUUCUCCGAGGAGACCAUCCAGACGAAAUUGAAUCCGACGACUCCAAGGACAUCCAGAAUUCUGUUUUCUUUUUUAACCUCGAGGCCUACCCACUCCUGCAAAACAUGUCCAGAAAUCACACCAUGCCUGAUACUGACAUCACAGAGAACACGGCCUUUGCCCAGGUGCUGCCCUUGGAGAAAAGAUGCGAGAGUUUCCUCCAGAAGAGGUAAAGUCCUGGGUCUGCU